CUGGAAUCAGGUGAGCCCCCCUAUUGGGUGCUCUAGUGGUACAGUCCAAUCGCAGUUUGGAGUUGUUGCUGAGGAGGUUUCGUAGUCCGGCGGACAGACAAACGUGUUCGAUGGAAGACGGCUCUACUUUCAAAAUGUUCCUGCCUUGCCUAAGGAAUUACCCGCUUUACAAAGGACAGCAUGCUGUAUUUAUGGUUCUUCUGUACAUCUUGACAGGUGUGGGGUGCAGUCAGGUGUUGGUUCCCCAGAAGGUGAGUGCUGUAUUGGGGAAGAAUGUGACGUUGGGCUGUAGCGUGGAGGUGGGGGCCAACCUCAGUCUUACCCAGAGUUCCUGGGAGCGCCGGCUCCCCACAGGCUCGGUGACUGUGGCGGUGUACAAUCCCGUGUUCGGCAUCUCGAUCCCCCCAAACUAUGUGCGCCGCCUGUCCUUCCGCUCGCCCUCCUCCCAUGACGCCACCAUCGUACUGGAGGACGUGGGCUUUGAGGACAUUGGAGUGUACACCUGCAAGGUGGCCACCUUCCCCCUGGGCAACACACAGGCCUCCACCACUGUCAGCGUGCUCGUGGAGCCCAGGGUGUAUGUGUCGGCUGGCUCGGUAGCUCUGAUCGACGAGGGCAAUGAAACAGUGGUGGCCACCUGCAUCGCUGAGCGGGCCCGGCCCCCCGCCGAAGUCUCCUGGGAGACUGACCUGUUUGGCCAAUCAGAGGUGUCGCUGCAGGACGAGGCAAACGGCACGACCAGCACCCAGGUGCGCUACCUGUGGCAGCCCACCCGCCACAUCCAGGGUCACGCCCUCACCUGUGUGGUGCGUCAUCCUGCCCUGCACACAGACUUCAGGAUCCCCUACCAGCUCAACGUGCAGUACGCCCCAGACAUCGUGGUUGUAGGUUAUGACGGUGACUGGUAUGUGGGCCGUGAGAACAUCCAACUGACCUGCAAAGCCAACGCAAACCCACCAGCACACCACUUCACAUGGAUCAGACUGGACGGGAAAAUGCCAGAAGGGGUGGAGAUAGUGAACAACACCUUGCUGUUUCUGAGGCCCCUCCAAUGGAAUGACUCUGGAGUCUACAGGUGUGAGGUUGCCAAUGACAUCAACCUACGCAGCAGGGACCUGAGGAUACGCAUACAAGACCAGUCUCAGGAAAAGAGGGCGAACUCUGUUGCUGUGGCAGGGGCAGUGAUGGGGGCUGUCCUCGCCCUCUUCCUCAUAGCCGUCUUCACCAUCGUCAUCCUCACUGCACGGAAGACCUCGGCCCCAACGUACACAGACAAAGUGAUUGAUCUACCUCCGACGCACAAGCCUCCUCCUCCCUACACAGAGAGGCCGUCAGUCAUCCCUCUGGUUGUCCACACACCACAGGUGGCCUCCCUUUCACAGGCUCACAGGGCUGUGCGGCAGUUUGAGAUGGCAGAGAGAACACCUGCCAGGCCCACACCCCGGGAACCCCGAAGCCCCUCCCACCAGCCUCUGUCCUAUCAGGAGUGGGUGUGUCACCAGAAAGGGGCGGAUCGUAUCUACAUCAACCACCGGGAACACUAUGUGUGACGGACACGUCCUAAACCUUCUAUGGACCUGUCAAUCAAUCACUCACCCUGCCCCACCCAUCGCCAUGCAGGCUCACAGAGGCCAGCCUUUUCAAUGUGAAGAACCCAGGCAACGAAAUAGUAGAUGAGUCUACUCCACAUUUAACAUAAUUUGAGAGCAGCAGUUAUCACUUGUAAGAAGCAAGACUAAUGAGGCCGAAGCAUAAACUGCUGAGUUUCUCUGGGGAACGACAACCCAAACACCCCUCCACUCCCCUUCUCCGAACCACCUGUUCUGUUCCCAACCACAUCAAUGAACAGAGGAUAACAGCAUAGGGAAGAGCAGGAAGACAGAUUUGGUACAGUACCACAAAGUAACUAUUUAAAAUGGAACACUAAGCUCUGCUGUGUACUGUAUAGGAGUGGAAUGAUAUGAAAACACCAUACUAAGCUCUUAUGUAUCGUAGUUGAAUGUGUUACUAUGUCACUGUGGCUGUGUGAUAAUCCUGUGUACAGUUAUGCUCUUUGAAUUAGUUAGAACUAAUACUUUUUUUUAGGAUUGUGGUAAACACCAGGCAUAUCUUUGUACGGUUCUGGUAAACACACAGCCAAUUAGGUAGGAUUCUAACUUCAUGGUAUAAGAACAUAAAUAGUAACAUUGUCUGAAGGAUCGUGCACCAGGACAUCAGGAUCUGAACAGAGAUGGUAACAUUGUCUGAAGGACCGUGCACCAGGACAUCAGGAUCUGAACAGAGAUGGUAACAUUGUCUGAAGGACCGUGCACCAGGACAUCAGGAUCUGAACAGAGAUGGUAACAUUGUCUGAAGGACCGUGCACCAGGACAUCAGGAUCUGAACAGAGAUGGUAACAUUGUCUGAAGGACCGUGCACCAGGACAUCAGGAUAAAGCAUACCAGAUAGCAACAGUAUACCAGAUAGUAACAUAUAAUGAAAUUUGCUGUACUCUAUCAUGUAAUUUAAAUGUUGAGAAAAGAUGAAUGUGGUUUAAUGCUACGAGAAGUUAACUGAAUCAUAGAAAAAGGAAACUUUCGCACUUGGAAUUGAAACAUAAAUCAUUCAUACAUCA